AUGGCCCCCCAGCGAAAUGGUGUUCUGAUUGCGGUUCUAGCGGUGGUUGCCUUCGGGGCGCUGGUCGGUGCCGAGACCUCGAAGGAGGAGACCAGCGUGAUGCAGCUCAUCGACGAGAUCGACGGUGAACAGCGGUUCCCGCUGUUCGGUGGGUUGACCGUCGAACGAUCGAACGACUACGACGGCGGGCGCACCUUCGCCGGCCGCUCGAACGAAGACCUGGCCGACCGGGCAGUGCGCUAUUUGAGCUCCCACACGCUGAAGUUCCAGGUGCCAUCGGAUGAAAACACAGUCGAAGAAGCUCGUAGCAGCCGCCUGAAGAAGAUGCUGUUGCCGCUGCUGCUGGCGCUGAAGUUUAAAAUGGCCGUUGUGCUGCCCGUUCUGCUCGCCAUCGUGAAGUUCAUUUCGCUCAAGGGACUCAUCGCCGGUCUGCUGGCGCUGAAGUUUUCCAUCUUUACCGUCCUGAAGGAUCUGUUUGAGAAGAAGAAAGAGCGCGUGACCACCGCCUACAUCACCAGCGCUCAGCCUGUGAACGCGGAGAUCGUCCACCAGGACUGGAACCGCAACGGCCAGGCUGCGGCCCACGAGCUGGCCUACGGUGCCUACCCGUACUCGACGCUCGCUUAA